CUGUUUCAGAAAUCAAUGUCACUUUUUUUUUUUCAACUUUGCCCCGGAAAUGUUUUGGGAUUUAUUGCUAGCCUUUUUGGGAGUUUUUAUGUUCCUAGUUGUUAGCGUAUGCCACAUUAGAAUGUCAAUGGCCGAUAAAAUACUCUAAUUCACUGAUCAAUGAAGCCGUUGGUUAGAAAUGGCUGUCGUGUCGUGGAUGGAGAUCUUGCUUUUGACUGGACUGGUGGUGGGGUGUUACUGGAACAGCCUGUCCUGCGGCUUUGUGUUCGAUGAUGUCUCAGCCAUCCUGGACAACAAGGACCUGCGGCCUGCCACCCCUCUCCGCAACCUCUUCCUCAAUGACUUCUGGGGCACGCCCAUGGCUGAGGAGCGGAGCCACAAAUCGUACCGGCCCCUGACAGUGCUCACCUUCCGUCUGAACUAUCUCUUCAGUGAGCUGAGUUCUGCAUCCUACCACCUGCUCAACGUGGGGCUGCAUUCUGUGGUGUGUGUGCUUUUUCUGAGGUUCUGCCGUCUGUUCUUGGACAAGACCUCCAGCCUGGUUGCGGCCCUGCUGUUUGCUGUCCACCCCAUCCACACAGAGGCCGUGACGGGUGUCGUAGGAAGAGCGGAGCUCCUGUCCUCCAUCUUCCUCCUGGCGGCGUUCCUGGCCUACACCAGAUCUAAUGGAGCUGACCAAUCCAUCGUGUGGACUCCCAUUGCUGUGACUGUUGUUCUGGUGGCUGCAGCCACUUUAUGCAAGGAGCAAGGCAUCACAGUCAUCGCCAUCUGCUGUGUCCACGAGGUGUUUGUUGCACAAGGGUUCACACUGCCCAUGCUGUUGGAUACACUCCUCCAGGUGCUGAGGGGUAAAGAUGGUUUCCCCUAUGCUGUCCUUCAGACGCUCCUGAAGCUCAUCGUCCUCAUCAUCAGCACCUUGCUGCUGGUCAUCAUCAGGGUCCAGGUCAUCCAAUCACAGCUUCCUGUUUUUACCAGGUUUGACAACCCCGCGGCUGUCAGCCCGACUCCGGCCCGGCAGCUGACCUUCAACUACCUGCUGCCAUUGAAUGCCUGGCUCCUUCUGAACCCCUCGGAGCUCUGCUGUGAUUGGACCAUGGGUACCAUUCCUCUGGUGGAAAGCCCUCUCGACCUGAGGAACCUGGCCACCCUGGCCUUCUACAGCCUGCUGGGCCUGCUGGCCUUCCACAGCCUCCGCCACUCACACUCUUCCGCCAAGACUGUCCUCAUGGCCCUGUCUUUGAUUGUUCUCCCCUUCAUCCCAGCCUCCAAUCUCUUCUUCCCUGUGGGCUUUGUGGUGGCAGAGAGGGUGCUCUAUGUGCCCAGUAUGGGAUUCUGUGUCCUCGUGGCACAUGGCUUCAGGAUUGUUUCCCAUAAGAGACACUUGAGGAAGAUCUCCUGGCUGAUUAUUGGAGUCCUCCUCGCCACACACGCAGUCAAGACCUUCAACAGAAACUGGGACUGGGAAUCUGAAUAUACACUGUUUACCUCAGCCCUAAAAGUCAACAAGAACAACGCCAAGCUAUGGAAUAAUGUUGGUCAUGCUCUGGAAAAUCAAAACAAUUACGAAAAAGCUCUGAGAUAUUUCCUUCAGGCCACCCGGGUCCAACCAGAUGACAUUGGAGCCCAUAUGAAUGUGGGAAGGACCUACAAGAACCUGAAUAAGUCCAAGGAGGCUGAGGACGCCUACCUGGUUGCCAAAUCCCUCAUGCCACAGAUCAUUCCAGGGAAGAAGUACGCCACCCGUGUGGCGCCCAACCACCUGAACGUGUACAUUAACCUGGCCAACCUGAUCCGUACCAACGACUCACGGCUGGAGGAGGCUGACCAGCUCUACAGACAGGCCAUCAGCAUGAGGCCCGACUUCAAACAAGCCUAUAUCAGCAGAGGGGAGCUACUGCUGAAGAUGAACAAGCCGUUGGAGGCCAGGGACGCCUACCUGCGGGCCCUGGAGCUGGACAGCACCAACGCUGACCUCUGGUACAACCUUGCUAUCGUCAACAUCGAGAUGAAGGAGCCCUCAGAGGCCCUGAAGAAUUUUAACCAUGCCCUGGAGCUCAACCCACGCCACAAACUGGCACUCUUCAACUCUGCCCUGCUCAUGCAGGAAUCUGGUGAGCCCAGGUUCCGUCCGGAGGCCAAUCGUCGUUUCCUGACCUAUGUCCAGGAGGAGCCAGAUGACGCCAACGGCUACUUCAACCUGGGCAUGCUGGCCAUGGACGCCAACGAGAACACUGCGGCCGAGCGCUGGAUGAGGGAGGCCAUCCGUCUACAGACAGGCUUCCGUAGCGCCCUCUUCAAUCUGGCCCUGCUCUACUCGCAGUCCCGACGGGAACUGGAUGCCCUGCCUGUAUUAGAUGAGCUGCUACGCCACCAUCCAGAGCAUGUUAAAGGUUUGAUUCUCAAGGGGGAUAUCCUGAUGAACCACAAGAAGGACACCCAGGGGGCCAAGGUCUGCUUCCAGAGAAUCCUCAGUAUGGACCCCACCAACGUGCAGGGGAAACACAACCUAUGUGUGGUCUACUUCGAGGAGCGAGACCUGCCGAGAGCGGAGCGGUGCCUGGAGGAAACGUUGGCCCUGGCACCCCAUGAGGAGUAUGUGCGUCGCCACCUGGGCAUCGUGCGCGGUAAGAUGGCCGCCAUGUCCGUGGCAGGGCAGCCGCUGAGCCCAGCGUCAGCAGAGGGCACAGCUACGCCAUCCAUGAAGGAGGAAAAGAAGGGGGGAGGAGGAAAGGAAGAGGAGGAAGGGAGGGGAGCCUCUGGCAGUGCUGGGGCCGGGAGUAAGAAGAAUGUACGGAAAUCCUCCUCGGCAGAAAGCCUCAGUGGCAACAGCCAGUCAGAGCUUCUUGAUGACGGCCAGGCUGAUAAGCAGCAGCGGACUAAGAGCAAAUCCACAAAAGAGAUUAAAGACAUAGAAAAGAAACGGGCGGCCGCCUUGAAGAGAUUGGAGGAGAUUGAGCGCAUAUUAAGCGGUGAUUAACCUUAUUUACCGCAGUGCAGGACUACUUUUUGGUAGAGCUUGUUACAGCUCCAGAAUCACAGAUGUGAUGCGUCCCAAAUGGCACCCUAUUCCCUAUAUCAGCAGGCAAGGCCCCUUGCACCACUUUUGACCAGGACCCAUAGGGUAGUAGCCCAUAGUAGUGCACUAUAUAAUAAUUAGGGUGGCAUUUCGGACACAGCCAUAAAGAAGUUUUGGUUUUCAUAAACAAAUGCCCUCAUUUCAUCAUGCAUGCUUUAACUCCUUUGAUUGUUCGUUUGUUUUGUUUAUCAUGUUUACAGGCUGCCCUACCUGCUGCGUUCCCUUACAGGCUGCCCUACCUGCUGUGGGUUUUUUCUGAAUGGCAUUUUAUCAUAUGCUAAUUAUUUAUGCUUGUUUGAUUUGCUACGUUUACUAGCCUACUUGUUGAUCACUGGAUUUUAUUAGAUUUUUGUGUAACUCACUCACUUUUUUUUUUUUAAAGGAAUGAUUGCAUCACAAACAAUUAAAGGAAAUGACAUAAAGAACACCUCAUGGCCCACUUCAGGCAGGCAGGAUCUCUGUAUGUUGUAUGCAUCUCCAAAUAACCCAUUACUACAGCUGCUGCACCUGCAUAUUAUACUACAUUACACCCCACGGUGCAGACAGACGCCAAGCCCCGCCUCCUCUGACAUCUUCCAUCUACUAUUUUCCCUUAUUGAUCUCACCCUGUGCUUCCUGAUUUCCAUGCCGUCAGUGUUGCUCUGCUCAUAGCACAGCCCUUAUCUUACAGUGAUGCCAUUCGGAGCUGUUGUCUCAUAUUCAACCCCCCACACACACACCUACCCACACACACCAACCGACCCGCUACAAGACAGGUGUAUGGUUUCCUGUUUGUUGCCUCAGAGCAUAUUAGUCUUCACGUAUCAUACUGUAUAUCUUAUUUCAGUAAUAACAGCAUUAUUUGUGUGAGGAUUGACAUAUGCUCCCCCCCUCCUCAACCCUCUCUCCCCUCCACCCUCUUCACCUCUUUCCUCACCUCUUCACCUCUUUCCUCACCCUCCCAUGUUCUUCCUCAAGAUGUGUGUCAUGUGUUGUUUCUCAUUUACACCAGAAGAUUCCUCUCUCAAUGAGAGAUGAUUUCACAGCACACUUCUUGUACUGAACUAGGCCCAUUUUUUCAAAAGCAUUUUAAGGCUAAGUUCCUUAGAAUCCUCUUUCUUUUACUCUUGUUCUAUCUCCCUCUGUAGCUCACAUCAUUGACCUUGUUCUCUCUCUCGCGCACACCCCUGCCCUCUUUCUCGCUUUCUCUCUCUCCAUCUCAUGAACAUCAAGUCUAACACAUACAGUGAAUGUAAUAAAUAUCACUAGAUUUUCCCACACUCGUCUUGCUCUUGCGCUCAUCUGCAACCAUCUGAAUAAUGUUUUUUCAACAUUGGAUUGCACUACCGUUUGAUGCUAUCUUGAUUUUCUUUGUGUGUCAUUCUCUUGAACAUGAAGAUUGUCGUUGAGUUGGAACUACCUGGAAUGUCAUGAGGAAACAAAGAGCGAUUAUUCCAGCCUAUUGUUGUUUAGCUUUUAUCACCUUAUUUAACCCCUCAGUGUACUGUGAUGUUUUGUAUCCUGGUGAUUAGUUACAUACAGAUACUGUCAUGUUCAGUGUCAAUCUGUUCCUUUCUCUUCACACUAACUAAAUGGUGACUGUGUGUCCAUCUGUUCAUCAACCAUUUCUGUCCGUAACCAUUACUCAAAUGGAAAAUCUAGUAACAACAUAAAUGAGAAACAUUGUCAGUGUAAUAUGAUGGUUGGCCUGGGGCCUACGCCACAUGUAUGACCCCUUAACUCUAAAAGCAUUUUCAACAUGAUAAUUCAUUACUUAUCAUUGAGCUCCUAAAAAAAAACAACGUAUUGUGCUAGUUAGUGUGUGUACAGAUGCAUGUAAAAAAAAAAUUACAUGCACUGUAAGCUCUAAGUACUGUUGUUGUUUGCCACUUGAAAUAUAUGGUACGUUUAGCAUAGCUAUCUUUUAUCAUGCAAUACAAGUGCUCUGAAAGUGUUACAAUUGUAAUCAAUCAAGAGUGUUGAAAACAUACCUUUAAAGAACUGUCUCGCCUGUAAUGAUAUCAGUUGUACAGAGCACAUUAGUCAAUCAGCCAUUAAGAUAGCCAACUAACAUUUCAAAUAUUUUUAAUCACCAUAUUUAUCACUUUGGUCCUACAUAUGUUCACCUGUAAUUUAAUUGAUACAUUAAUCAUUUUUCAGUGAACUACAUUCUUUUGUAUGGUAACCAAAAACACUUACAUUUUUAAAGCUAUAUCCCUUUUUGUAAUAGCAGCCCAGAUGUUGUGUUGACUCUUGGGUGGGUGAUGGUAGUGGAGGGUUCAGGGUUGUGUUGACUCCUGGGUGGGUGAUGGUAGUGGAGGGUUCAGUGUUGUGUUGACUCCUGGGUGGGUGAUGGUAGUGGAGGGUUCAGGGUUGUGUUGACUCCUGGGUGGGUGAUGGUAGUGGAGGGUUCAGGGUUGUGUUGACUCCUGGGUGGGUGAUGGUAGUGGAGGGUUCAGGGUUGUGUUGACUCCUGGGUGGGUGAUGGUAGUGGAGGGUUCAGGGUUGUGUUGACUCCUGGGUGGGUGAUGGUAGUGGAGGGUUCAGGGUUGUGGUUUUCAAAUAAAGGCUGUUUACUUUACGACUGCA